UUUGGUCAUGGACAAGAGAUCCAUUAUGAAUUACAUAAAAUAGAGGCAGAGUUGGCUUACAAUCUUCUUUAUAAAAAAGAAAUCAGAGCGUUAAUUCAACAAGAACAAAUUCCAACAGAAAAACUUGGAUUUUUUACCGCAAACACAUUCACUUCAACAAUAAAUAGAAACAGUUACCACAUUCUAAAUACUUCAGAUACGUCUCUUAUUUUUGAUAAUCCAGCUACACUCUUGUCAGAACUUGAAAUUCUGCUUUCAAUAACCGAAAAUCUCCAAUUUCAUCAAGUAGUUAGUGGAUUAAAAUUGAAGCAUGUAGUAGCAUUAUAUGAACUUGUAGAAGAAAAAAUUGCGGAUGUAGAAAUUUAUCAUCUUUCAGAUAAUUAUAAGGCCGAUCUGUCUCGACAAAUGAAAGAUGAAAUUAAUGCAUUUGUUGAUUUUGAACAAUCACAUGUAGUUGGUCGUAGUGGUAUAAAAUUGUCUAAAAUUCCAUAUAGAACUUUUGAGCAAGCAUUGAAAAGAUUUAUGUUUCGUUACUUGUCGUCAGAAUUGUAUAGUCCUGAUGAAAAACUUACAAAAUAUUUAGCAGAAAAUAAUGAUGAAAAAAAUAGUAGUGAUUGUUGGCCAUUAUGGGUUUCUAAUGUUAAUAUUCUCGACAAAUUUCCAAAAUCAUUAUUAAUUGCGAAUAUUUAUAAAGCAUAUACAUAUAUUACUCAGAGCGUAAAGAAAUCAAAUUCGCAUAAAACUAAUAACAGCCUCCAAAAUAAUAGCCGUCAGAAUAAAAAUCGACGAAGCAAACCUUCAAAUACGACCAACACUGGUACAAAUUCACGUAAUAAACAAAGCA